CUAAAGAAAACGAGGGUUUUUUGUGUUUUGAGUAUAAAGAGAGUGCUAUAUCAGAAAUCAAUAGAUCCUCUGCGUUUCUGCUCAUCUUUCUAGGGUUUCUGAACUUCUCCCUUCUUUGAUUCCACCCUUUGUUCCUAGUAAUUUUCUAGGGUGGUUGCUGUUUGGUUUGCUAGAAAAUUUUGGCUUCUUCCAGUGAUUUUCCUUUUGUUUUUCCUCCUUUGCACCUUGAAACCUUUCUAUGGGAUUAUGGGCAGCUAUUAUUGAUCUCUUCAAAAUUUAUUUUCCUUCCACAAAGGCUGAAACUUGUUUUCUUUCCUAGAAAAUUUAGGCUAUCUUCUUUCUGUGUUUUCUUGCUUUUCUCUUUCCUUUGAGCUUUUAAACCCUUCCUCUAGGUUGCCAUUAUUAAUUUCUUCAAAAUUUGUAAUUUUUCUAUGCAAUGUUUGAAACUUUAGUAAUAGCUACACAUUGCGUAGCUACUCAAUAUGUAUCUGGGGACUUUGCUCAAUUUUGAAAAUGGUGAGAGGAAAUUUUGUGAUGAAAAGGAUUGAGAAUGCAGCCAACAGACUAGUGACCUUCACUAAGCGUCGAAACGGGCUGCUUAAGAAGGCUUUUGAGCUGUCUGUUCUCUGUAAUGUCGAUGUUGCAGUUAUCAUCUCCUCACAAAAAAGGAAGACUUUAUGAGUUCUCAAUCUCCAAGUAUAUAGUCUAAGUUAUAACUUGUUUGAGGUGGCCAUUCUGUGAAUGCAUCUUUAUUCUUGGCAUAUUUAUAUUUUAGGCUUAGAUGGUUGGUUGAGAAAAGUAUGUAAUUUUUUGUGUUCCCCUAACAUCACUGGUGUUUUUUCCCACAACUUUGUGCUAAGGAAAUUUGAAGGAAACGCUGAAAUUCUUGCUGAACUAGCUGAGGUCUUCGUCUUAAAUGUUAGCAAAGCUGAACUUUGUGUAUGUGAUUCUAUAUAUGGACGGCUUGUGGCUGUAAGUUUAAGAGCGGAGUACCCAUUGUACUCCUACUAAUGAUAUUUUUUAUUCAUCUAAAAAAAGUAUGUAAUGUUG